AUGGCGGACACAGCAGCAGCUCCUCCUCCGCCUAAGGGCACCAUCGUGUCCGCAACGUCGGAUCCUUCCAAGCCCUCGCUACGGUACCAGGCCGGCGGCGGCGCCAGCGAGACGGAGCGCUCCGUCAAGACGCUUGGCGACUCGGUCAUACCGCACCUGACAAAGAUCUUCAACGUCCACGCCGGCCAGGACGACAAGAAGUGGCACAAGGAGCAGAUUGCCUCGUUUCUGAAGAACGUCCAGGCCGAGGAGACGCCCGAGAGCCUGGUAGCCAACACGUCGGGAGCAGCUACCCUCGAGGAACUCGAUUUCAACGGCUUCCUCAACUACAUGACCUCGUCGGCCUCGGCCAUCACCCGCCCCGUCCAUGAGGAGGACCUGACGUACCCGCUCUCGAGCUACUUCAUCAGCUCCAGCCACAACACGUACCUGACGGGGAACCAGCUCUACAGCGAGUCAAGCACCGACGCGUAUAGGAACGUGCUGUUGAGGGGAUGCCGGUGCAUCGAGAUCGACGUCUGGGACGGCGACGACUCGGACAAUGAGGACGAUACGUCUGUCAGUAGUAGCGAUGAGGAGGCCGUCGCCGCUGCUGCUACUUCAGGACAUCCCAAGCCUAAGAAGGAGAAGAGGAGCAGGCUUGCGAUGCUCAAGGAUAAGAUGCCCGGGUCGCUGGCGAGCAGGCUGGAGAAGACGUCGCUGGGGAAGAAGAUGGACCAGAGGAUUGAGAAGUCUACGAGUCCGCCGGCGGAGACGGCCACCACCACCACUGAGAAGGGGGCCGGGGCCGGGAUUAGUACCGGAACGGAGCAACCGCCGCUGCAAAAGACGCCCUCGCCGAGGACAUUCCCCAUCGAACCACAAGUCUUCCACGGCUACACCCUCACCAAGGAGGUGCCCUUCCGGCACGUCUGCGAGACGAUCCGCGACUACGGCUUCCAUUCGGCCGACACGCCCCUCAUCGUCAGCCUCGAGGUGCACUGCAGCGCGGAGCAGCAGGAGGUCAUGGUGCGGAUCAUGGAGGACACCUGGGCGGGCUUGCUCGUGCCGACGCCCGACAUCGACGCCCCCGAGCUGCCCCGCCCCGCGGACCUACUGGGCAAGAUUCUGGUCAAGGUCAAGUACGCGCCGCCGCCGGGCGCCGGUGUGACUGACGCGCAGGACGACGACGACUCGGAGGAAGACGGCAAGGCGUCAACCACGCCACCGGACGCAAAUGUCGCGGCGGCUCCCAGCAACAAGGCCCCGGCGGCGGCGGCGGCGGCGGCGGCGGCGGCCAAGAAGAAACCCUCCAAAAUCAUCCAGACGCUGAGCAGGCUGGGCGUCUACACGCGCGGCGUGUCCUUCAAGUCCCUCACGCAGCCCGAGGCCUCGAUGCCGACGCACGUCUUUUCUCUGUCGGAGAAGGGCGUGAUGGAGGUGCACGAGAAGGAAGGGGCCGCUCUAUUCCACCACAACCGGCACUACCUGAUGCGCGCGUACCCGUCGGGCCUGCGCAUCCGGUCUUCCAACCUUGACGCGCCGGUCUUUUGGCGCAGGGGCAUCCAGAUCGUGGCGCUCAACUGGCAGAACUGGGAUGAGGGGAUGAUGCUCAACGAGGGCAUGUUUGCGGGCACAAAGGGUUACGUUUUGAAACCUGAGGGAUACCGAUGCCUACAAACCGGCUCAUCCCCGGAACCAUCCCAUACCGACAUCCCCCAAAUAGCCUACAAGACCCUAGACCUCCAAAUCGACGUCCUCGCGGCGCAGAACCUCCCCCUCCCGCCGGGCGACACCCGCAUCGCGGGCUUCAAGCCCUACGUCAAGGUCGAGAUCCACGUCGAGUCCCCCGAGGAGCGCCUGCCCGGCGCGCACAUCAAGGACGACGGCCGCGAGCGGGAGAGCGAGCACAAGGCAAAGACCAAAUCGAACCGCGGCGUCGACCCGGAUUUCAAGGGGGAGGCGCUGCAGUUUUCGGGGGUGCCGGGCGUGGUGGAGGCGUUGACGUUUGUCCGGUUUACCGUGCGGGACGACGAGAUUGGACGGGACGAUCUUGCUGCGUGGGCGGCGGUGCGGUUGGAUCGGUUGCGGGCCGGGUAUCGGUUCGUGCAUCUCAUGGAUUGCGAGGGGCGGUUGACGGAUGGGGUUGUGCUUGUGAGGGUUACCAAGAAGUUGACCUGA